AAACAAAGGCAUAUCUAGUCUUGUUGGAUCUGUAGUCACUGCUGUCUACAUAAUUGACCAACAAAAAAAGGCAUCGUAAAAAAAUAAUGUCGAGCACGAAUGAAAGUGAAAUUAGUGAGCGGUGGUAGAUAGUUGUUCAUUCGUUUUCUUCUCACCUGGGCGUUGUCUCCUGGAGAACGAAUAUCACUUUCAAUUUCAAUUCACUAUCAUGGGUGACAGUUCCAUGAGGUUAGAGAACUAUGAAGUGCUUAAAGCUCUCUAUGACUUCAAAGCCACGUUUGCAAAAACCCUUAGCUUUCAAGAGGGUGAUUAUUUCAUUCUGUAUCAAACUAAUACCAAGCAGAGGAAUUGGUGGCAAGUUGUCAAUAGGGAUGGCCAAAUUGGAUACAUUCCCUCCAAUUAUGUCACCACUGAGAAGGUUUCAUCUCAAGUAUUGAUUGAAUUUUUGGAAGACUGCAUUGCAAAUGUGAAGACAGAAACUAAGAAACAAAGUGGAUUACACUUGGAUAAACAAGAUCUUCUUCUGAGAUUAAUUGAAAAGAAAAGACGAGCAGAGUUACAUAAGAAACCUAAGAAGCAUGCUCCGAUGCCUCCAGAUUUUGGAAAUGUUACACCUAGUAGAGAAGUGUCUUCGUCACCUGUUUGUAAUAUAAAAGAAGCAGAUGUGAACCCUGCUCAGAGUAACACAUCUUACAUGACAGCACAGACUACAUUGCACACUAAUGUAGAGAAGGAAGAAACACCAGUUGUUCCACAAUGUCAGCAUAGUUCUAUAAGCGAACCGAGAAAACAAUCUCUUCCGCAUCAGUCUUCGUCUGACACACAAAAAAUUCAGAAAAGUCCUUCUCAGGGUAGCGUCAGACAGACCCCUACCAAUUCGCCUGCAAAAAAGAAGGCUUCGUUAUGUGAUAUUAAUUCUCAUACAGCUUAUCAGUUACUUGACCAAGUACGUAGAAAUACUCAGUUAAGCUAUGAAAUGUCUAAAGUAGCGGUCACAGUGGUUGUUUCUGGACUGCAACAAUUGUUGCCACCAAACGUGAGCCAUUACUUUGAUGCGCUAUUGCACCAAUUGGAAACACCGUUCACAGUGUCUCAAAUGAGUAUAGAGGAAACAUACGAUGCUAACAGAUUGAAAAUAAUUUUUACAGAGCUUACUUCUUGUAAAGAAGAUUCUCAACAAAGAAACUGGAUGCUUUAUGAAGAUGAAUCUAUUAUUGUUGAUUAUAUAAAGGAGCUUACUUCUAUAUUGACAAAUGCAGAUGCAAACGUAUCUAGGUAUGUUCUGCAACAGGAUCAGUAUAACGGGGUUAAUAUAUUAAUACAGUAUUAUCAAAUGGAGCCAAGGUGGACUAUCAGGCAGUUACUCUUACAGUCAUUCGGAGUGAUGUGUAGCCUGGAUUCUGUGAUUUUGACUAUAAUGUUAAACAGUAUAUUGCCUAUGGAACUAGCAAGAGACAUGAGGAGUAAUCCUAGAAACGUGACGAAAUUAAAUUAUUCCUCGUUAUUACUUACUAUGAUUUUCUCAAUGGGUGAACCUAUGCCAGUUACGCAUUUGGAGCAACUGGGUCCUGAUUUUAUAGCAUUUGUUUUGGAUUUGAUAGAGAAUCCACCAGACAUGGAUUUGGAAGAUCAAAUCCCAGACCUAUUCGUGAAUUUAAUAUUGUCUUACAAUUUACAGUUCACAAACUCGGAAAACAUAGUGCUGAAUGCAUUGAAGGAGAGAACAGUUGCAAAGAAUUUCACUGAAAAAAUCUUGCUACUGUUUAACAGGGAAGAGGAUCCUGUACGAAUAUUCGAUCAUCAACCACCACCACCGCAUUCUGUUCUAAAGCUAUUUAUUGACUUGUUCAGUAAUGAUGUUACUGCAGGUCUCUUCUAUACCAAUGACGUGAAAGUUCUAAUUGAUAUUAUACUGCGUCAAUUGUAUGACAUGUUCCCCGGCGAUAAGCGCAGACAAUAUUUAGAAUUAUGCCGGAGAGUACUUCGUACUUCCAGUUACAAUGAACACAGAUAUCGUUCAGAAGAUUUGUUGAAAUGUUUUACAAGGAUAUUCUGCGAAGAGACUGGGGAAAGUCAGGAAGAUCAGCAGUCGGUACGCGAGAUUAGCAAUGAAUUUCCGCAUUUAUUUAAGAUCUGACAUUUGCUUUCGUCCUCCGACGAUAAAGAAUUGGAGGAAGACGACUUGCAGACUCUUGUGUAAGAAGACUUUACGCAAUGACGAGAAGUGGCGAGGUAUCAGGUUACCGAUCAAAAAAAUCUCCUUUAUUUUUCUAUCCUCUAUUUUGCAUAUAUAUUUUGCUCAGCUAACGUAAUUACCAAGAACGCACACGCGAUUCGCAGAAUUUUAAGCGCAUCAGAUUCUAUUUUUCCCAUUUUAAUCUCUCGAGCAAACGAUACUACUUAUUCUAGAUAAAAAAACAGAAUGCAAAAAGAACAAAAACAAUAAAUAGAUCAGUAUUUGAAAAUUAAUGUACAUAUAAAGGAGAAACUUUUUUUCUCGUUCUAAGCAUGAGGACCAUCGGAGUAUAUAGAAUCAUUCCAAGUACCCUAACUUAGAUAAAUGAAUUAGUGUAAUGAAAUAAAGUAGUCUGACUGCACGGAUAAACAUUUUGAUAUUAUAUUAAAGACUAAUUGGAGCACGUAGCAAGAUUUAAUCUCUAUAAAAAGUUCUUUAUGAAAAUUCUUCGUUCGGAAAAAAAAUGAAGAAUUUAGUUUUAAUUAAAUCAAUUAAUGGUCUCUCUGUAAACUAUUAUAAUAGUCUAGUCCACGUUUGUGCGUGUCCGAAUAGUGUUCUAAGUCAUACGUUAUUUCUUAAUUUAUAUUAAAUUUUUUCUUGUGAAUGAUAUAUAAUUAGUAUACGAUUUUGAAAGAAAUUAACUAUUCGUUUUGCAAGUUGUCGCGAUCAAGGCGUUUAAAAUUGUCGUGACGAAGUUUCAAAGUUUAUUAGUGCCACUAAUAUUAUAGUUAUCAAACUUUCUAGUCUAUUGCUAGCAACUCUAUUUUUUAAGAAUAUUACACUGCGUUACGUUUUCGACUAUUAACGUGUCAAUUACAGAGAAAUCUCAAAUUAUUGUGAUUAUAAAUCAAAUGUUAAAAAAAAAAAAAAAAUAAAAAGUCUAGCAGAACAGA